AUGGCUCAAGUGACAAACAAGUUCAGCACAGUUCGGUCAAAUCGGUGGAUAGUUGUGACAACGAUCUCCUACCCAACAUCAGACAUCAAGUUCCUGGCAGGGAUACCUGGCUGGAAGGUUGUUGUUGUCGGGGACACUAAGACUCCAAGGGACUGGAGGUACCCAAAUUGUAUAUUUCUGAGCUUAGACGAUCAGUAUGGGCUUGGUUUUGAGACGACCUCUCAUCUUCCAGAGCGGAGCUAUGCAAGAAAAACAGUUGGAUAUCUGUUUGCAAUAGCCCAUGGCGCACAAAUCAUUUAUGAAACUGAUGAUGACAACCGCCCACUCGAUUUACUGAAACAGUUCAUUCUGGAUCCAACAAUGUGGGGUCUCUUGUAUAAAGGAGAAAAGCUCUUCAACCCUUACCGCCAUUUUGGACAGCCAACAUUGUGGCCAAGAGGUUAUCCACUUGGUUCAGUAGGAGAAAAUAUCACACUGGAGUAUGAGCUAAAUCACUGGCAAACCCCGUCCAUUCAGCAGGGUGUUGUGAAUGGUGAUCCUGAUGUGGAUGCCCUUUUUAGACUGACCCGGAAACAGACCCAUUCUCAAAUCAAUGUGACCUUUGAUGACCGAGCUCCACCAGCAAUUGUCCCAGCUGGGGUGUUCUCACCCUUUAAUUCCCAGAAUACCCUUUUCCUGUAUGAUGCAUUAUGGGCACUCCUGAUUCCAACUACAACAACGUUCCGAGUGUGUGACAUCUGGAGAGGCUACUGGGCUCAGAGACUUCUGUGGGAGAUGGGAGGAAACUUAGGAUUCUUUCCACCAAAUGCUUUCCAGAAGAGGAAUUCCCACUCCUACCUCAUUGAUGCAAAUGACGAAAAGGAUCUCUAUUUCCAAACAGAACGCCUUGUAACCUUCUUGUCCAAGUGGAGAUGUGGAGCAGACAAGUCAUUUUUUGACUGUUUGAAACGACUCUCAAAAGAUAUGUGUGAGAACAAUUUUUGGAAGGAAAGUGACGUGAUCCUGACUUCAAUGUGGAUAAGAGACCUCAAUACCAUUGGCUAUGAGGAACCUAAAAGAGUUCCACUUGGGUCUAUACCUGGCAAAACCCUUCCAAUUCUUAUCGCAUAUGAGCACGUUGUACAAAACCUGGAAAUGCUAUCGACAAAGACGCUGACUGAAAGUACAUCAAAACAACUGGAGAGGCUUGAGAUAAACAUUGAACUCAACUUUUGCAGGCCUGCAUAUGGCAAAGAAUAA